AUGCCCGUAUCCACAACGUCACAGCCAAUCAAGACAUUUGGAGGCAUCGGGACGUUACCGGUACAGGGUAUUGUAGCAGAGCCUCAUGGCCCUCAUCACGAUUCACGAGGAGCAGCCGUUGGACCGAGGCCGCUGGUCGCGCCUUGGGUUGCCGGCAAGGAGGAACCUGCUUGGUGA